GGAAAGUUUGGACCUGUUGAAUAUGAACGCAAUGGCAAAAGAGUGCACGUGUGCAGUUUAUAGCCCGAAUUCAAUCGAUGGUAAUACGUGCAAGAAGUGUAAUGCUGGACCCGUUGCUCGAACCCAGCGAGCACAGAAGAAGUGCAAUUCUUCCAAGUAUAAAGACGCGUCAACUUCACCAAAAUCCAACAGUCCAUUGCGUACGCUAGAGCCGAGAAGUCCACGUAGUCCUAAAAGUCCGAAAAGCCCCAGAGCGGAAGCUUCGACGGAUACAAAGUUUGAUUUCCCCGGUUCCCCUAGAACUGAAAGUCAUUAUAAGCGUCUAUCAACGUUGAGCAUUAACAAUGGUGGUAAUAAAAAUAUGGCCACCAGUCCCAUGAAACAGCCCACUCCAAAGAUGAGUCCUAACAAAUUGACUCCGGUGAAAAGCGACAGAAUCCUGGAGAAAUCGAACUCACUUGGGGAUAGCAAACCGCAAAAGAUGCUGCGAACCACUCGAAGUUUAUCACCGCGGCCACCAGUCAAGCAUCAACAUUCAAUAAUGGUUUCUGAUGAAAAUGACAUUAUUUCGGUGAAGCUUUCACCAAAUGAGGAAUUCGAUGAAAGUAGGGAAAAAUGUAAGGAGGGAAAUUGCGAAGAAGCUGUACCAAUCCAUAAAAAAGCGUAUAGCGAAACAACAUCUCCAAAUUUGUCAGACUGUGGUAGUUUACAGCUAGACGAUAGUAAUGUUAAAAAUCCCAACAACCGAAGCACCAGCUGUUUGAUAUAUGUGCCAUCGGACCCAUGGACUCGUAUGUCAUCAAGGAACUCACCAGCUCCUGCCAGCAAGAAAGAGCUCAAGGCGAGGAAGCUGGAAAGUAAGUCUUUCAGUAAGCCGAAUUUAGAAUAUUUAGAGGACUCUGACCCGUGGGUCUGGCGUUCCAAUAUUACAUUGGAUGAACGAAGCAUAAAGAAAAAGGGGUCGCUACCCCACCAGACCAAAUCACUUAGCAGUGCUCUCAGUCGUGACGAACUGGAUUCGCGGCAGUCACGCCUAUGCCAGCAACGGUCCCUGACCAAAUUUGAUAAGACUUUAACCAUUCCGGGAAUUGAUUUGCAUUUUGAUGCUCGCAAGAAAAUUACCAGACCAAAGUUGCAGCGCUCCAAAUCUCCGGCAUUUUACGAGGAAUUCUUCCAAACGGAAAAGGAAAGGCCGCUCAACAAAAACAAAUCUAUAUCCUCGUUGAAGAUCGAAAAGAACGCCAGUAACUCGAACAUCAACGGUGCCAAAUGUACUUGCUACGAGGCAACCUCCCUCAAUCGCCAGCAAUCCAACAACAGCAAUCACCAUAACUGUGACCACCAAUCCGGGAUCCAUAAAUCCACAACUAGCAUUACCUCUCCCACCAGUAAAAAGCAACCCUCACCGAAGCUAAGUUUUCCUCAAUCUCCCAAGCCAAAGCAAAAUCAGAAGAAGCAGCAUCAGCAACAAACGCAACCGGAACUGGUGAAGGCCUCGCUUACCGUACUGAAUCCGAAUCUACUGCAGCCGCGGCACAGUUUCUCCACCCCAUCGCAAAAGGACGAUGAACUGCAGCUGAACAUCCGGCGGUUGAGCGAACAGAUGAACAAGUACAGCUCGGGCAGCUACUUUGGUCAGACUACGCCCAGCUUCAUGACCGAUACGAUUCCGUUGGACAAAAAGAAAGCCGGUGGCAGUGGAGGGUUAACGUCUAGUGGCCCGAAUGUCAAUGGCGGUUCCGCCGGCGUUAGCACCGGGUCAGGUGUCGAAUCGAAGAAACGGGCCUCUUCGCACUCGAAGAUCAACGAUCCGAUACUGGAGACGCGCUGCUAAGGUGCGGGGUUGGUCUUGCAAUUCGCGGUUUCGUUUCCUGCGAAGAGAUUUCGUUGCGGAAGAUUCGGAAGCGACAUACUCGUGGUAAGUUAGCUAGUCAAAAUUGUACAAAGAAGGCGAUCUACUUAGGUAACACGGAAAAGAUGUUUUUUCCCUUCGAUAUCAUGUUUGCAUUGUGUGUUAGUAAGAUAGUUAUCAUCAGCUCGUUUAUCAUCACUCACUGUAGUAAAGAAAUACAAUUGUUGAACUAAUGUGGAUAGUGCGACGCCAAUGAAUGUAGAUGGUUGACAAUUGAUGGCGGGUAGAAGAAAGAGAGAGAGAGUUGAAUGUAACUAAUAAUCAAAAGCCUAUGGAAUGAAGCUUCUGUGGUGCGAUGUGAUUGUACAAUUUUAAAAUUAUGAUGAUAUGUGCAUGCGAAGGUGGUGCCAACCGGGAAAGAUAGGUAGAUGAAGAAAUGUUUUAAUUUGCCAAAAUAAUUUUGUAUAGUUCUUGAUGUAAGUUACAUAAACAUGUAAAUGACGAAUAUGUACCAAUAUAGUGUAUGAAAUGAAUCA